CAGCCGCCGGAGCAGGGGGCUGCCGCGCUGGCGCUGGGGCCUGGGCUCGCAGCCGCCAGCCCCGAACACCGCCGGGCUUCAGCCGCUACCCCCGGGAGAGGCCCCCACGCGGACCCUGGGUCCCGGGGCUCCCUGGGCCGGGCCGAUCCCGGGGAGCCCCCGCUGCCUGCCAGAGCAGGGUGGGGAAGGGGGCGUCGCCGCCCGCCGCCGUGUCCGAGCGGGUCGCCUGGUUCGCGCCGGGACUGCGAGAGUGUUCCAUCUGCUGGGUUACUCCCCAGUGCUCGCAGCAGUGGACCCAGGGCUGGGACCAAAGCCAGGAUCAGAGACUCCAUCCCGGCUCUCUCACUUGGCUGCCAGAGACCCGACCGGCUGAGCCAUCUCCUGCGGCCUCCCAGGGGCUGCGUGAGCAGGAACGCGGAACUGGAAGUGGGACCAGGGACUCAAACCCCGGUGCUGUGCUGUGAGCCCCGCAGAAGCAGCAGUGAUGGCCCCGUGACUGGGCCCCUGCCAGCCCCGUGGGACACCAAGGUGGAGCUCCUGGCUCCAGGCUUCGUCCUUCCCGUUCCUGGCUACGGGCGCCAAGGCCGGAGAUGGGCGGGCGGCCCUCGCGGCAGCGGCCGCCCGCGGAGCCGUCGCUGGCCCUGGACGCGCUGCCGCCCGAGUUGUUGGUGCAGGUGCUGAGCCACGUGCCGCCGCGCGCGCUGGUGACCCGCUGCCGCCCCGUGUGCCGGGCCUGGCGCGACGUGGUGGACGGGCCCACCGUGUGGCUGCUGCAGCUGGCCCGCGACUGCAGCGCUCAGGGCCGCGCGCUCUACGCCUUGGCCCAGCGCUGCCCGCCCAACAGCGAGGACCAGGAGGAGCUGCCGCUGUGCGCCCUGGCGCGCUACUGCCUGCGGGCCCCCCUGGGCCGUAACCUCAUCUUCAACUCCUGCGGAGAGCAGGGCUUCAGAGGCUGGGAGGUGGAGCACGGCGGGAAUGGCUGGGCCGUGGAGAAGAACCUCACCCUGGUGCCAGGGGCUCCUUCCCAGACCUGCUUCGUGACUUCUUUCGAAUGGUGCUUCAAGAGGCAGCUCGUGGACCUGGUGAUGGAGGGGAUCUGGCAGGAGCUGCUGGACAGCGCCCAAAUCGAGAUCUGUGUGGCGGACUGGUGGGGCGCCCGAGAGAACUGCGGCUGCGUAUACCGGCUCCGGGUCCGCCUGCUGGACGAGUACGAAAAUGAAGUGGUCAAGUUCUCAGCUUCGCCCAACCCGGUCCUUCAGUGGACAGAGAGGGGCUGCCGACAGGUCUCCCACGUCUUCACCGACUUUGGCAAGGGCAUCCGCUACGUGUCGUUCGAGCAGUACGGCAGGGACACGCGCUCCUGGGUGGGGCACUACGGCGCCCUGGUCACCCACUCCAGCGUGAAGGUGAGGAUCCGGCGCCUGUCCUAGCCAGCCAGGAUGCCCCGGCCGACUGCAGCUGCGAGCCAGAGGCCGGGGGACAGCGGGGGUCCCCGUGGCUUGUCCUCGGCACACCGCCCAGGAGCCCCACGUGCUGCUGCUGCGGACGGUGGCCCACGUGCUGUGACAGUGCCUGGGCGCCAAGCAGGCUGUUUACAGUUCCCUCAGCUCCCGGGGUUGGGUGGGGGCACCAAGAAGUGACCCAGACUGAGUUCACUUGCCCGCCAGGGUAACCGAGUCCACAUUUACAUAGUGGGGCGACUGGUGAUGGUGAUGUGUCGGUGCGUCUGGGGUAAGGCACGCGGGGAGCAGGGGUCAGUUGGGGCUGCAUCUGCCCUCCACCAGGCCAACAGCUUCGAAGGAAAGCUUUCCUGCCAUUUUGGGGAUCCCUGGCAGCAUUUCUCCGAAGCCAGGUCCCCAGCCCCGCCUCCCAAGGCAGCCCACCUCCUGUCUGAGGCGCGCUCUCUGUCCCCCCUGGGCGCAGCUGGCAAACUGGCCAAAAAAACGGUGCUAGGCCCAAGGGCCGCCAGUGUGUUCUGUGAUCUGUGCACUUGUCUACCUCCGGCUCCCUCCCUCAGAAGCCUGGGGGCCUCCUGUUUAGACUCAGAGUCAGGAGGCCCGGUGGCUGCCCGAACCCCGGGACAGCUGAGGCGCCCAGCGCUCCCAGGCCGCGUCUCAGUGCCGCUCCCUGCAGCUCUCAAAUGGGCGACACUGGCAGUGCCCUCUGGCCCAGGCUCAGUGUGUGAAUGACCAGACUAUGGGGGUGGGGCAAGGCUUGGGCUGCAGCCGGGCUCCAGCGCCCAGUGAUAGGAACACAGUCCCCACUCCUUAAAAUCCGACGUGGAGGCCGAGGCUUCUGGUCCAGCUCCCUGCCGACGCCCCUGGGAAAGCAGUGGAAGAUGGCCCGGGUACUCGGGCCCCUGCCACUCUCAGGAGAGCUUCAGCCUGGCCCAGCCCCAGCUUUUGCAGCCAUUUGGGGAGUGAACCAGCAGAUGAAAGAUCUUUCUCUCCCUCUAACUCUGCCUUUUGAAUAAAUAAAUCUUAAAAACCUGACCCGGCCUUGCUGUUGGGCCUGGGCAGUGAGCCAGCGGGUAGAGGCAUGCCACCACUCAGCCUCUCGAAUAAAUGCGUUCUUUCUUAAAA